AUGCCUUCCAGUUCCCGAAGAGUUGGACGCCAAGUCCAAAUUAGGGAAGAUGAAGAGUCCGAAGAAGAAAGACCUCGAACAACUCAUCAGCGGCGGCAUGUAACACCAGGUUCCGAAGAGGAGGAGGAGGAGGACGGCGAUGAAGAUGAUACAAGAGGCGAAGGUAUGGAUCUGGAUAGAGAGGAGUCUUUGGAUCAAGUUGUCAAAAAGUUGGUCAGAUAUGCUUUGGCGUGUGAGUUUCAACGGUUGCCCAUUACUAGGACUGGUAUCAAAGAGAAAGUUCUCGGCGCACAUACGAGAACCUUUAAAUCUAUAUUUGAACCAGCACAAGAUUCGUUAAGAAGAGUAUUUGGCAUGGAAAUGGUGGAACUACCUGUGAAAGAAAAUGUAACCGUCAAAGGGCGAUUGAAGGAGGCUAGCAGAAAAUCGAAAACCACGACGGCUUCCUCCUAUAUCCUGACAAGCGUUCUUCCUAUCGAAUAUCGAUCGCCCUCAAUCAUCCAACCUUCCAAAGUGGUUAGCCAGUGGGAUGAAGCUACAUACAUUGGAUUCUACACAACAGUUGUCUCUGUAAUAAUGCUGAGUCCUGACUCUACGAUGACUGACAGCAAACUUAUGUCCGUACUAAGAAAGUUAAAUGCGGAAACUAAUAUGCCGAUGGAGAAGACCACUUUAAUUAUGAAGAAAAUGAUGCAACAAAAUUACAUAACUAGAACCGUUGAGAAAAAUGACGGAGACGAGAUUAUCGAAUGGAGAGUAGGACCUCGUGGAAAAAUGGAGAUCGGUACGAAAGGUGUGCAAGGGCUUGUCAAGGAAGUGUAUGGCGAAAAUGCUCCCGAAGAUCUCGACAAGCGGUUGGAGCGUAGUUUAGGGCUAGGGAAGAGGAAAACAACCCACGAAGAAAGUGAAGGCGUGGCAGCGGCGCCGGAUGGAAAUGGGGGUUCAAGCUCUAGGAGAGCUUCCAAAAGAGGAAGGCCACGAAGGGAAGCGGAUGUCGAAAAUGAUGAGGAUGAUGAGGACGAUGAGGACGACGAUGACGAAUAA